CCCUUUCUGUACAUCCCCUCCCAAAGAGUCUGCUGCAGCCCCCAUCUUAUCUUGAAGCUCUGCCUCCCAUACCCCAAAAGUGGAAGGGUGGGGCAGACAGCUAACUCCACUCCAUGGCCCCAGGAUGGAGGGCGCUGCCUGCCCCAGGGCAGGUGCAACGGAGCUCUGGGACAUCCACAGCCACGUGUUCACAGAGACCAAGCACAGGACGUAUGUGUACCAGGCCAGCGACAUGUAUGCCACAAGGCCCCCAUCCAUGCAGGUCACCAUUGAGGAUGUGCAUGCCCAGAGGGGCAGCGUGGCGCAAUUCCAGGCUGUCAUUGAGGGCAACCCGCAGCCCAUGGUGACCUGGUAUAAGGACGGUGCCCAGCUGGUGGAUGGCCCCCGGCUCAGCCAGCAGCAGGAAGGGACCACGUACUCCCUGGUACUAAGGGAUGUGGCCCAGCAUGACGCUGGUGUCUACACGUGCCUGGCCCACAACGCUGGCGGCCAGGUGCUAUGCAAGGCAGAGCUGCUGGUCCAUGGGGGCGACAGUGCGCAAAGCUCUAGGAGGAAACUGCACUCCUUCUACGAGGUCAAGGAGGAAAUUGGAAGGGGUGUGUUCGGCUUCGUGAAGAGGGUGCAGCACAAGGGCAACCAGAUGUCCUGCGCCGCCAAGUUCAUUCCCCUGCGGAGCAGGACACGUGUCCAGGCUUAUCGGGAGCGGGACAUCCUAGCAGGGCUGAGCCACCCGCUGGUCACUGCACUGCUGGACCAGUUUGAGACCCGAAAGACCCUGAUCCUCAUCCUGGAGCUGUGCUCGUCAGAGGAACUGCUGGACCGCCUGUUCAAGAAGAGUGUGGUGACAGAGGCUGAGGUCAAGGUCUACAUCCAGCAGCUGGUGGAGGGGCUGCACUACCUGCACGGCCAAGGCAUCCUCCACCUGGACAUAAAGCCCCCCAACAUCCUGAUGGUGCACCCUGCUCGGGAAGACAUUAAAAUCUGCGAUUUUGGCUUUGCCCAAAAAAUCACCCCGGCAGAGCCGCAGUACAGCAAAUACGGCUCCCCUGAGUUUGUGGCCCCCGAGAUCAUCGAGCAGACCCCUGUGAGCGAGGCCUCCGACAUCUGGGCCAUGGGGGUCAUCUCCUACCUCAGCCUGACCUGCUCGUCCCCAUUUGCUGGCGAGAGUGACCGAGCAACCCUUCUGAAUGUCCUGGAAGGGCGGGUGUCCUGGAGUAGCCCCAUGGCCACCCACCUCAGUGAGGAUGCCCAGGACUUCAUCAAGGCUGCUCUGCAGAAGGCCGUGGAGGCCCGGCCCAGUGCCGCCAAGUGCCUUGCCCACCCUUGGUUCCUGAAGUCUGUGCCUGCGGAGGAGGCCCACUUCAUCAACACCAAGCAGCUGAAGUUCCUCCUGGCCCGCAGCCGCUGGCAGCGCUCCCUGAUGAGCUACAAGUCCAUCCUGGUGAUGCGUUCCAUCCCGGAGCUGCUCCAGGGCCCGCCCGACAGCCCAUCCCUCGGGGUGGCCCGGCACCUGCGUGGUGAUGUCAGUGCCUCCUCCAGCAGCUCUUCCUCCUCCGACAACGAGCUGGCACCGUUCGCCCGGGCCAAGUCGCUGCCCCCCUCCCCGGUGACCCACUCCCCGCUGCUGCACCCCCGGGGCUUCCUGCGGCCUUCCGCCAGCCUGCCUGAGGAGGCCGAGGCCUGCCCACCCGCCGCAGCGUCGCCCCAGGGUGCACAGCCACCAGCUGCCCUGGGCUGUGUGCCCCGGCAGAGUGUCAUCCGAAGCCUGUUCUACCAGCAGGUGGGGGAGGGCCCAGAGCUAGGGGGCCUGUCCGCAGGCAGCAGACGGCACCCCGCCCGGCGGCGGCACCUUCUCAAGGGUGGCUACUUCUCGGGCGUCCUGCCUGGCCUUCGAGAGCCACUGUUGGAGCACCGUGCGCUGGAGGAGGAGGCUGCCAGGGAGGAGCAGGCCACCCUGAUGGCCGAAGCACCCUCCUUUGAGACCUCCCUGCGGAUGCCCAGUGCAAGCACCCAGGAGGCCUCUGGCUUCAGCCGCUCCCUGGACCUUGAUGGGCGGAACACAGCCAGCCCCUCUGCCAAGGCCUGCAGCAAGGGGCAGUGUUCCGCUCUGGGCCCCUCGAGCCUUCAGGGGGCCCACGGAGAGAGCAUGCCGGGAGGGGAUGCACGUGCCAGAGAGAAGGAGCAUCCAGAGGGGCCCCUGCAGGGGCUGAGGCUACUUCCGUCCACCGGUGGUGAUGAGUGCUCCGCUCAGCAAGAGGGGUCAUUGCAGGACAGCUGUGGAGGGCAGGCUGCCCCUUUCUUUCAACCCCAGAGGAGUCCUGCCCCCCAGGACUGUGGCACCCCUGCUGCUUUGGCACCACAACCUCCUGGCUCCUUCCCUCCAGGGCACUGCACAGAGCCGCUCUUGACAUCCCCGAGCCCUUUCUUUUCAGGAAAACCACAGGCCUCCCCCUCCCCAGCCCAAGCAAGCCCCCAGUCAGACUCUGAGAGAGGGCUGAAGGACACCCCUCUUGCCGGGAGGCCUGAUCCACCCAAACCCCCAGAGCCAGCCUCCCAUAUGGGCAUGGAGCCCGGCCCCUCCCUGGACAUUGAAAGCCUGUCCCAGGAGACAGAGGGCCUGUUCCAGGAGACAGAGGGCCUGUCCCAGUCUUCGCCCAGUCCACAGCGGCCUCGGAAGCUGGCGACCACACGGAAGUUCUCCCUGGGAUUCCAAGGGGGCUACGCGGGGGUGGUGGGCUACGGCACCUUUGCCUUUGGUGGGGAUGCCGGUGGCAUGCUGGGUCAGGGGCCCCUGUGGGCCAGAAUGUCCUGGGCUGCCUGUCAGUCCUCGGAAGAGGAGGAGGCAGGGGCCGAGAGCCCACCACCCCAGGCCAGCACAGUGCCUCUACCUGAGGGUGGCAGGGCCCUCCCGAGGGCCUCCCAGGAGGUGAGCUCACGGGAAGACUUAAGUGGGGGCUCUCAGGUGUCGCUCGUACAGAUCCGGGACCUGUCCAGGGACCUGGAAGCGGCUGACACUGUGUCUCUGGACAUCUCGGAGGUGGAUCCUGCCUACCUCAAUUUGUCUGACCUGUACGACAUCAAAUACCUCCCAUUUGAGUUCAUGAUCUUCAAGAAGGUCCCCAAGCCUGUGGAGCCAGAGCUGCCACCCUCCCCUGAGUCUGAGGCUGGGGAGGAGCUGGCUGAGCUCCCAGAGGCCGCAUGGCCGGGCAUUCUGGGCCCGCCAGCAAGCCUGGCGAUCACAGAGGAGCCAGAGGACAUGGAGGCCCUGCUCGGGGAGGCUGCUGGUGGCAGGAAGCGCAAGUGGUCACCCCCUUCCAGCAGGCUCUUCCACUUCCCCGGGAGGCAAUCACUGCUGGAGGAGUCCACAGAGCUGGGGCUACGCCAGAGAGUAAGGGCCUCGGUGGCCCACAUCUCCCGCCUCCUGAGAGGCAGGCCUGAAGGUCUGGAGAAGGAGGGCCCCCCCAGGAAGAAGGCAGGCCUAGCUUCCUUCCGCCUAUCAGGCCUGAAGAGCAGGGACCGAGCACCAUCGUUCCUAAGGGAGCUCUCGGAUGAGAUGGUGGUCCUGGGCCAAUCUGUGACUCUGGCCUGCCAGGUGUCGGCCCAGCCAGUUGUACAGGCCACCUGGAGUAAAGACGGGGCUCUUCUUGAGAGCAGCAGCCGCCUCCUCAUCUCCUCCACGCUCAAGCACUUCCAGCUGCUGACCAUCCUGGUGGUGACUGCCGAGGACCUGGGCGUGUACACGUGCAGUGUACGCAAUGCGCUGGGGACGGCGGCCACCACAGCCAUUCUCCGGAAGGCAGAGCGCCCCUCUUCCUCCCCACGCCCGGACAUCGGGGAGGUGUAUGCGGACGGGGUGCUGCUGGUCUGGAAGCCUGUGGAGUCAUAUGGCCCUGUGACCUAUAUUGUGCAGUGCAGCCUGGAAGGCGGCAGCUGGAGCACGCUGGCCUCAGACAUCUUUGACUGCUGCUACCUCACCGGCAAGCUUUCUCGGGGCGGGGUGUACGCCUUCCGGACGGCCUGUGUCAGCAAGGCGGGCAUGGGCCCCUACAGCAGCCCCUCGGAGCAGGUCCUCCUGGGAGGGCCCAGCCACCUGGCCUCUGAAGAGGAGAGCGGUGCCUCAGGGCCAGCCCAGCCGCUUCCCAGCAAGCAGACCUUCGCCUUCCAGACACAGAUCCGAAGGGGCCGCUUCAGCGUGGUGCGGCAGUGCCGGGAGAAGGCCAGUGGUCGCAUGCUGGCUGCCAAGAUCGUGCCCUGCCACCCUGAGGACAGGACUGCCGUGCUGCGGGAAUACGAGGCCCUCAAGGGCUUGCGCCACCCCCACCUGGCACAGCUGCAGGCUGCCUACCUCAGCCCCCGACACCUGGUCCUCAUCUUGGAGCUGUGCUCUGGGCCUGAGCUGCUCCCUUGUCUGGCCGAGAGGUCCUCCUACUCGGAAUCAGAGGUGAAGGACUAUCUGUGGCAGAUGCUAAGUGCUGCCCAGUACCUGCACGCCCAGGGUAUCCUGCAUCUAGACCUCAGGUCCGAGAACAUGAUUGUCACAGAGUACAACCUGCUCAAGGUUAUCGACUUUGGAAACGCCCAGAUCUCCGCCCAGGAGAGGGUCCUGCCCUCGGAGAGGUUCAAGGAUUACAUGGAGACCAUGGCUCCGGAGCUCCUAGAGGGCCAGGGUGCCCUUGCACAGACCGACAUCUGGGCCAUAGGUGUCACGGCCUUCAUUAUGUUGAGCGCUGAGUACCCGGUGAGCAGCGAGGGAAUGCGAGACCUGCAGAAAGGGCUGCGCAAGGGGCUCAUCCAGCUGAGCCGCUGCUACGCGGGUCUGUCCGGGGGCGCUGUGGCCUUCCUCCGAAGCACGCUGUGCGCGCACCCCUGGGGCCGCCCAUGUGCGUCCAGCUGCCUGCAGUGCCCGUGGCUGACCGAGGAGGGCCCCGCCAGCUCCCAGCCUGCGGCCGUGACCUUCCCCACCGCAAGUCUGCGCGCGUUCGUGAGAGAACGCGAGAAGAGGCGGGCGGUGCUGUACAAAAAACACAACCUGGCCCAGGUGCGCUGAACGCCUGGCCCUGCGGGACCGCACCUCUCAGUCUUUCAGGACUCCCUUCAUAUGCAUACACAGAUCAA